GCGCUCUCCGUCCUCCGCGGGCGUGCGAGGUAGAUACGCGCCGCGUGUGCGUGUGCGGGUACGCGCGUGUGCCGGAGCGUCCGCGCCCGUGUGCGCGGGGUGCGCGGGCGAGCGCACGCACCGGGAACCGCACGGGCGUGUGCGCACCGCGCUCACACCGUCGGUCCCUGUACGCACGUGUCCGCACACACGCGUCUAGGCACGCAUGCAUGUGCGCGCAGGCCGGGUGCGCGGGUGUCCGCACAUGCGGUGCUGUCGGUACGCGGCGUGCGCGGGCGGGCGUGCAGAGGCAGGGGCCGGGAUGCGCGUCCCCCCUGCCGCAGACAAAGAGGGGUCCGGCCGCGCCGCACCGCGCUGUGCUGCGCGGGGCCGCCCCUGCCCGCGGAGCCUCCGGCUGGGCUCGGGCCGGGGUUUCGGGGGUGCCGCGGGAGCGGGGCCCGGCUGCGGAGCGCUGCGGGUGGCAGUGGCGGGGCGCUGCGGGCUCCGCAGGCGCUGCGGGCGGCGGUGCCCCGAGACGUCGGGGUGCGGAGAGGGGCGGGCAGGGUUUCCAGAGCCCCUUCCCGCAGCGAAAACACUUCGCGCUCAGAGCUGCCCGCAGCGGGGUCCCGCAGCAGACACACUCGGGCAUAAACAGUUUGCGUAACGCUUCCUCGGCCGGCUGCAAGCCGAGUGCCAAAUUUCUUUUUUAAAAAGAAGAAAAAAAACUCUGAUGGGAAACAAACAUUUAAGCAGGCACAAGAUAUAAACGAAACAUCACAAGGCAUGUGUUGCUAAAAUGCUUAAGCAGGAAGCAUAUGAUUUUCCAUGGAUGUUUUCCCAGGUCUGGGCGGCGCGGCGGCAGCGAGCAGCCCCUGCGAGAAGGCCUGCAACCCUCGCAUGGGCAACCUGGCGCACGGGCGGGCGCUGCGCACCGACACCUCCUGCGGCCGCCGCGCCGCCGAGCGCUUCUGCAGCUACAGCGAGGACGCGGAGCGGCGCUGCCGCCGGCCCCGCUGCGGGCGCUGCAGCGGCAGCCACGGCGGGCUGGCGCACCCCCCCGCCGCCAUGGCCGACUCGCCGUUCCGCCGGCCCCGCACCUGGUGGCAGGCGGCCCAGGAUGCCCCCCGGGAGACCAUCCGCCUGGACCUGGAAACCGCCUUCUACUUCACUCACCUCAUCAUGGUCUUCAAGUCGCCCAGGCCGGCUGCCAUGGUGCUGGAGCGCUCCCAGGACUUCGGCGAGACGUGGAAGCCUUACAAAUACUUUGCUGCUAACUGUUCGGCCACCUUCGGGCUGGAGGAUGAUGUGAGGCAGAGAGGAGCCAUUUGCACUUCCAGAUAUUCGAGCCCCUUCCCCUGCACUGGAGGAGAGGUGAUCUUCCGAGCCCUGUCCCCUCCUUACGGCGCGGAGGACCCGUACAGCGCGGCGGCCCAGGCGCAGCUGAAGAUCACCAACCUGCGGGUGCGGCUGCUGCAGCGGCAGGGCUGCCCCUGCCUGCCGGCCAGCCCGGCCCCACAGCCCCCUCCAGCCCUGCACUACGCCAUCUACGACUUCAUCGUGAAGGGCAGCUGCUUCUGCAAUGGCCACGCUGACCACUGUGUCCCCGUCGCUGGAUUCAGGCCCAGCAAGGCCGCUGGGGUUUUCCAUGUGGUCCAUGGGAAAUGUAUGUGCAAGCACAACACUGCAGGGUCCCACUGCCAGCACUGCGCCCCGCUCUACAACGACCAGCCUUGGCAGGCUGCCGACGGCAAAACCGGAGCCCCCAGGGAGUGUCAGUCCUGCAAGUGCAAUGGGCACGCUGACACUUGUCAUUUUGACAUGGAUGCGUGGCUGGCGUCGGGCAAUCGCAGUGGCGGCGUCUGUGACAACUGCCAGCACAACACGGAAGGGCAGCACUGCCAGCGCUGCAAGCUGGGCUUCUACCGCGACCUCAGGAAGCCCUUCUCUGCCCCAGACGCCUGCAAACCUUGCUCCUGCCACCCCAUGGGAUCGGCUGUGCUCCCCCUGGGCCCCCGCACCUUCUGUGACCCCAGCACCGGGGACUGUCCCUGCAAGCCCGGCGUGGCCGGGCCCCGCUGUGACCACUGCCUGCCCGGCUACUGGGGCUUCGGGGCCUACGGCUGCCGGCCCUGCGACUGCGCCCGCAGCUGCGACCCCCUCACUGGGGACUGCCUCAGCAGCAGCUCAGAUGUUUCCUGGCACAAUGAAGCACCUCCUUUCCAGGCAGUGCUCAACGAGAGUGAGCCCACCUGGGGCUGGGAGGAUGAGCAGGGCUUCUCGGCACUCCGGCACUCUGGUAAAUGCGAAUGUAAAGAGCAAGUUUUAGGGAAUCCCAAGGUCUUCUGCGGGAUGAAGUACACCUAUGUGAUCAAGACAAAGAUUUUGUCAGCUCAUGACAAAGGCUCCCAUGCAGAAGUCAGUGUGAAGAUCAAGAAAGUCUUGAAGUCUACAAAGCUGAAGAUCCUCCGGGGCAAGAGGACACUCUACCCAGAAUCCUGGACUAACAGAGGCUGCACUUGUCCCAUCCUCAAUCCUGGCUUGGAGUAUCUUGUGGCAGGACACGAGGACGUGCGAACAGGCAGACUCAUUGUCAACAUGAAAAGUUUUGUCCAUCAGUGGAAGUCGGCUCUCGGAAGAAAGGUCUUGGAGAUUUUGAAAAGAGACUGCAACUAGAGGUGUGCAACUGCCUAGGGCAUUUCUUUAUGCACAAAAUGCAACAGCCUCCACAAAGAGCAGACCUCUAGCAUGAAAACUGGAAUGUAAGAAAAUAGUGCCAAAACAUGUAGUGAGGCAUUCAGAGUUGUAGGCUGUCUAAUUUAACUCUUUCUGGCCAAUGUUCUUUCACUUGCCUGUAGCUUCCUUAUCAGGGCCUCACCCUGAGCCCUGCUCAUUGUUAUGUUGAGGGAAACAAAAGGAAGGGUGGUGGAUGCUUGUCUCGCUCCAGUGCACUGUUGGAGCAGCUCCCAUGAAGCCACUGAUCACCCAAGACUAAAUUGCCACCCUAGAAGAGCUACUGCUGAGAAGCAAAACACUGCCAGUGCCACUAGUGUGCAUCCUGAGUGACUUCCAGGGGCUCCCAGAGGAUGCUGUGGGGAAGGCAAUGGGUAGGCGCUGCCACCAGCGUGGCAAGGAGAACCACUCUUUAGAAACACCCCCUUACAGGUUAGGACAUGGCACCCACCAAAGAGAAGUGGGUGCCCCUUGCUUUUAACCUGUUUGUCCUGCUGAAGGUUUCAAGGGCUAGAUUCUCUGCUGAUGCUGCUGAGGAGAGAGCUGCUGGAGUGAAUGGAAUCCCUCUGCCUUGGCACAGGCGUGAUGCAGGGCAGAGGCCAGCUCUCCACCCACUGCGUGGCUGCAGACAAGAGCCAGCUGCAGAGAGUGCAGUGGCUCUGAGCUUUUGUCCUUGAAGUGUUAAAAAAUGAACCUAACCCUAGUGUAAAUAUUUCAUUGUAUAAAGCACUUUACUACCUGCCACUUCACGGUGCGGGAAGUCUAAUUGUGUUGGGGAAAGAAGAAUUUGAAGGUGGCACAUGGUAAAAAAGUCCCUGAAACAGAAGCACUCCUGAGGACCCCCCGCAGUUGGACAGCGUUAACAGUAUAAAGGGAAUGGCCAGCCUGGCACUGGCCACUCAGAAUAUCUGAGGAUGCAAUCUGAAAGAUAGAGUAUUUGCACUGAAGUCCCAGCUUCAGACCAGCACUUGGACCCCGUGGGCAGGACUCCAGCAAGACUUUGCAAACAGAGUGGGGAGAAGAGACUUUGAGAUAAAAAUGCAAUUGCUGGAGUAGAAAAACUCCGACUGCAGGAAAAGGAGUGGAUGCAGAGAAUGGAAAGGACUUGCAUUCACAUAUCACAACCCAGCGAUUCAUGGUGGGCCUGGAGUUUAUUUUAUUUUCAUGUUAGUAUUUAAAACUGAACAUUUUAUUUGUUUUCUUUUGUGUUAUUGUUUGCAAUAUAUACAGCCAUUAUACUUCCUCAUUAACACCAGUAUGAAAUAUAGCACAGUUUACUGCAGUUUUCAGCACUAAAAUAUAUCCUUUCUGUAAAGCAUCCUUAAACCACAUUGCAUAGAGUGUAUUUUGUUCAUGAGUGUGAGGGGAAAGAAGACAUACAACACCAGAAAAGUCACUAGUCUACCAAUCCACUUUACGUAUGUAUUUUUCUUUCAAGGUCCUGUGGACUCACAAAAAAAAAGAUGCUAUUUUGGUAAUUUGUUUUUGUAUCUCAUGUAUGUAAUAAAUAUAAUAUGAUUUCAA